AAUGAACAAAUCCUUAAACUCCAUUUCUUAAUUUUCUUAACAAUAAUAAUGAAGAACUCUACUGCGAUUUUGCUCACUUCUUCCUUUAUUCUUCUCCUUCAAACCCUCCACGGCGUUAAUGCCGGUUUCGUCUGCAUCGGAAGUUCCUUCCGUACCAAUAGCAGCUACCACAAAAACCGUGACUCUCUCUUCUCUACUCUUUCUGAUAAAGUCACAACAAACGGUGGAUUCUACAAUGCUUCACUCGACGGAGUUCACGUUCUUGCCUUCUGUAGAAGAGACUACGAGAGGCAAGGUUGUAUCGACUGCGUCGAAAAAUCCAUUCGACAGAUUAAAACAAGUUGUUCUAACCUUGUUGAUUCGUUCAACUGCGACAGUGACGAUAGAGACCGUGUUUCUUGUUUUGUACGUACCACAAAUCACUCAACUUAUAGGCUACCCGAGUUUGGGCCGGCUACGCUUGAUCCGAGCCCUCUUGCUAUCGACACAUCCACCAAGAACAUGACCCUGUUCCGCCAAGAAUGGGAUGCAAUGGUUGACCGGGCACUCGAGGCUGCAACCGUUGACACUUCCACAGCGGUUCUUAAGUAUUACGGUGCUGUCAAAGCAGAGUUCACUGAGUUUCCAAAUGUUUACAUGAUGAUGCAAUGCACACCGGACAUAACUUCAGACGAGUGCAAGAAAUGUUUGCAAGAGUCCGUUACCUAUUUUAAAAAUCAGUUCUGGGGAAGACAAGGAGGCGGGAUUUGUCGACCGAGCUGUGUUUUCCGGUGGGAUCUUGAUGCUUUUUACGGCGCUUUUGCUAAUGUAACAAGAGUUUCUGCGCCUCCUCGAGCUUUGGUUCCUCGAGCACAAGCCAUGAAUGAUAAACAUUGUCGAGUGGUAAAGGGAGGAGGAAUUAUUGCGAUAUUCGUGGUUCCUAGUUUCAUUAAUCUUCUCGUGUUUAUCGGUCUGAUCAAAGCCUAUAGUCGGAUAAGAAAAUCGAACAACAGAAUCAAUGAGCAGCAGGGUGAUUCUGGUGGUCAAUCUAUGCUACGGUUUGAUUUUGGCAUGAUACUAAUCGCAACUGAGGACUUCUCCUCUGUAAAUACGAUUGGCCAAGGUGGAUUUGGAUCUGUAUACAAGGGGAUAUUACCAGGCGGGCAGGAGGUAGCGGUAAAGAGAUUAAAAAAAGGCUCAGGACAAGGAGAUAUAGAGUUCAAGAACGAGGUUUUACUCUUGACAAGACUCCAACAUAGGAACCUAGUUAAGCUUUUUGGUUUUUGUAAUGAAGGAGAUGAACAGAUUAUUGUCUACGAGUUUGUCCCAAAUUCAAGCCUCGACAAUUUCAUAUUUGAUGAAGAGAAACGUUUGCUACUAACGUGGAACAUGAGGUUCAGAAUUAUAGAAGGCGUUGCACGAGGUCUUCUUUAUCUACACGAAGAUUCUCAGCUAAGGAUUAUACACCGAGACUUGAAGGCAAGCAAUGUCCUUUUAGAUGCAGAUAUGAAUCCUAAAAUUUCAGACUUUGGGAUGGCAAGGUUGUUCAACAUGGACCAGACUCGAGCAGUGACAAGAAAAGUAGUUGGAACCUUGGGGUAUAUGGCUCCUGAGUACGUUAAGCACAGAAGAUUUUCAGUCAAGACAGACGUUUACAGUUUCGGAGUCGUGCUUCUCGAGAUGAUAACGGGUCAAAGUAACAAGAACUAUUUCGAAGCCCUAGGGCUCCCUGCAUAUGCAUGGAAGUGUUGGGUUGCGGGCGAGGCUACCAGUAUCAUCGAUCAUGUACUGAAUAGGAGCUCGACAAACGAAAUCAUGAGGUUCAUCCACAUUGGUUUGUUGUGCGUUCAAGAGAAUGUUGCAAAAAGACCAACCAUGAGUUUGGUUAUUCAAUGGCUUGGAAGUGACACUAUCGCGAUUCCUUUACCUACAGCUGCUGGUUUCACCACAAAUUUUCCUGUCGAACUGCAUGGAACCAAUGCAUCGAAUCAAGCCGAAGGUGGAGCUGGCACAUCGUCUUUGAAUAAGCUCUCAAUCACCGAGUUAAGUCCUCGUUGAAACUGAGAUCUAAAGGUCGGUUUUUAUUAAGAAAAAACAGGAAUCUUUAUUGAUCUUACCAAGGUUCGUUAGAAGAGACGAUAUAUAGUUAUACAAGCUCUCAUAUCGAAUCUAGACUCACGCAGGACCCAAGUGUUCACCAAUUAACUAAUUGGAUGAAGAAUAGUGUUUACUUUUAUAGUACUUCAAUUACAAUUGCAUAUUUGCAGGACAAUCCUUGUAAUCCUUCUUUGCGUUUAACUUCUUUCAUUUACAUCUAAAUAAAUUGUACUCAUUUGCGUUUAA